GCUCGCAGCACAUGGUCGGCGGCGGCGCGCCCCCGAGGCCGGCGGAGACCGGCUGCAGCCGAUUAAGAAUGACCCAGAAGACAUCACAGCUUUGUUCCAGAGCCAAUGUUUAUACUCAAGUGCCUGAUGGAGGAUGGGGCUGGGUGGUAGCUGUGUCUUUUUUCUUCGUUGAAGUCUUUACCUAUGGCAUCAUCAAGUCAUUUGGUGUCUUCUUUAAUGACUUAAUGGACAGUUUUGAUGAAUCUAAUAGCAGGAUCUCGUGGGUCAUAUCAAUAUGUGUAUUUGUCUUAACAUUUACAGCUCCCCUUUCUGCUGUCCUGAGCACCCGUUUUGGACACCGUCUGGUAGUGAUGGCAGGGGGCCUGCUUGUCAGCACGGGAAUGGUGAUGGCCUCCUUCUCCCUGGAGCUCUACCACAUGUACAUCUCAAUCGGCAUCAUGUGCGGUUUGGGAUACUGCUUUAGCUUCCUACCAACUGUCACCAUUUUAUCUCAGUACUUUGACAAAAAGCGCUCUGUGGUCACUGCACUUGCUUCCACGGGAGAAUGCUUCGCGAUGUUUGCUUUCGCCCCAGCAAUCACGGCUCUGAAGGACAACAUUGGCUGGAGAUACAGCCUCCUCUUCGUGGGCCUGCUGCAGCUGAACAUCGUUGUCUGCGGGGCGCUGCUAAGACCAAUUAUUAUCAGAGGACCAGGGUCCCCGAAAGCAACCGCCCAUGAGAAUCGGAAAGAAGUGCAAUAUAUGCUCGAAAAUGAGAAAACACGCACCUCAAUAGACUCCAUCGACUCAGGAGUAGAACUAACUACCUCACCGAAGAAUGUGCCUAGUCAUGCCAACACAGAACUGGGGCCAAAGGCCGACAUGCAGCAGAUCCUGGUGAAGACCAGCUCCAAGCCCGGCGAUAAGAAAGCCCCUUUAUUGGACUUCUCAAUCUUGAAAGACAGAAGUUUUAUCUGUUACGCGUUAUUUGGUCUUUUUGCAACACUGGGGUUCUUUGCACCUUCCCUGUACAUCAUUCCCUUGGGCAUCAGUCUAGGCAUUGAGCAGGAGCAAGCUGCUUUUCUGUUAUCCACGAUGGCCAUUGCCGAAGUUUUUGGAAGGAUUGGAGCGGGUUGUGUCCUCAACAGAGAGCCCAUUCGCAAGAUCUACAUCGAGCUCAUCUGCGUCAUCUUACUGACGGUGUCUCUCUUUGCCUUCACUUUUGCGACCGAGUUCUGGGGUCUCAUGUCAUGUAGCAUCUUUUUUGGUUUCAUGGUUGGAACGGUAGGGGGUACCCACAUUCCACUGCUCGCCGAAGACGAUGUCGUGGGAAUCGAGAAGAUGUCUUCUGCUGCUGGUGUGUAUGUCUUCAUUCAGAGUAUAGCAGGACUGGCCGGACCACCCCUUGCAGGUCUGCUGGUGGACCAGAGUAAGGUUUACAGCCGCGCCUUCUAUUCCUGCGCGGCCGGCAUGGCCGUGGCCGCCGUGUGCCUCGCGCUCGUGAGACCGUGUAAACAGGGACUGUGCCAGUGUCACCCUGCGGGCGAAGGACAGGCAGAGAGUCCUCGCGGGAAAGCUUUACAAGACAUACCCGAAGACUUUCUCGAAAUGGACCUUGGGAAAAAUGAGCAUAAAGUUCACGUGAAAAUGGAGCCAGUAUGACAGGCUUCCCAGGAAGGGCCACCACCCCGUCGGCUGAGGGGGGGGCGGGACACAGGGAGGUACUGGGGGCUAGCCACUCUCCCCACUUUUAAAAUCUGCAUUUUAAAGGGAAUGUACAUGAGAAUACCACCAACAUCAUUUUUUUUUUUUUUACCUUUUAAGUUUUCCUUUUUGCUUGUUUCUUAAGCCAAAACAAAAACAACCCAGCACUCUUCUGUACGUAAGUCUGGUUGCAUUCGGUAGCAACCCAGAGAUACAAAGAAGGACCCUGUGGCUCACAUUCCAGUUUUAAAAUAGUGACGCGAAUUGGUAAAGUGGUUUUUAAGAGCUCUCAAAUGUGAUAAAAGGCUGUCUAACAAAAGGAAAGCUAGCCCAGGUCACUGAAGUGAAAUUGGCCACUCAAAACAAACAAACAAACAAAACUUAAAUCAUUUUUAAAAUUUCUCGUUUUCAGAAACACGAGCAAAUUGCUUGACACCCCUUGGAAAACACUGAGGUCUCCAUUCACAAACAGUGGCCUCUCCGUUUUUCAGAUAUUCCAUGGGAAUGAAGUACAGUUUAAGACCAAACAUUUGGCGAAUAAGCAGAAAUUUAAAAAAAAAAAAUCUAUAACUUUGAACUUCAUCAAUGUGAAGAUUACCACUUCUUUUUAUGGCCAGUCAUUACCAGAAGUAUUUCAACACAGAAGAUAAUGACAUUCAAAAAUGUGUUUCCUGUUGCUUUUAAUUAUUCAGAAAUAUGUGACGGUAGUGUCUUUAAUUUAAACCACUAUUUAUUAUUAAGUUAUUCUAGGAUGAUUAAUCAAAAGAAAUAAAAUGAGACCUAAGCAUCAUUUUUACCUCCUUUUUGCAACCCUCUAAAUGCCUCAAAGAAUACUUACCUUAUAAAGUCACUCUCAUACGAGGGCCAAGUUGUAAUGAUUCUUCAAUUUGAUUAAAGGCCACAUGUGCUAUUUGAAGGGGAAAAAAUAAUCGCCUUAGCUUUUUAAAAUAAUUUGUUUUAUCACCUAAGAAUACUUGAGGAUCUCCUUUGAUCGGAAUGAUAUUUCAUUGAAUUGUUGAAGCAUUUCUGAUUUUUUUUUAACAGCUAACUGUUGAAGCGUUUCUGUAUUUCACAUGGGGUAGCAGAGACAUGUAUUUUUACCAUCAUAAGUUACAAGUUGCGAUUUACAUCGUAUAUAAACCUUGAUUGCUCUAAGUUGCCAGAGUUAU